CGGGCCGCCAUCUUGAUUGGGGGCAGGGCGCGGGAGGCACGGCGCCGGGCGCCAUCUUGGGUACGGGCAAGCGGGUCCCCCCGCGUGCACGUCGCGCGGCCCGGGGCCGCGGGGGCGGCUCGGCCUCGCCGCCAUGUUGGGGGCGGGCAGGGAAGCCUCGCGCCGCCGCCGCCAUCCCGGGUGAGGGGCGCCCGCCCGCGGUGCCCCUCGGGGCCGCGCUGGGCCGAGGGGCUUGCUUAAAGUGCAGGAGUGUGUGUGAUCGCAGUUAAUGUCUUAAGGAUAAAGAUUACCAGAGGGUGAGAGAGAGAGAGAGAUCUUGUGAGGCUGCUCUGUGCCCUGGAUGAGAUCCCGUCCUUGGGCAGUGCUCUGCUCUGUGGGAGGCUGCCUGCCUGACCUUGGAGCAGGUUCUGAGAGAGAAAAGCCAUUCAAAGCAUCACUUGCUGACCCCCACCUGAGAGAAGGCUCAGUGAGACAGAAAGCAGCAGCAUGAGCGAGAGCACCUGUGACAGAGGGUGCAGGAGUACCAGUUCCCUCCAAGCAGAUCUCUCCAACCUUGUGAUCUGGGCACACACUCAUGGGACCAUCUGCAACCAGAUCCCAGCCCUGGAAUUUAUGCAGAACACCGAUUAUGUGAGCAAUGACAACGCUGUGCUGUGGAUGUGCAGAGCUGGACACGCCUAUCACUGGCACUGUGGGAAGUCACACAGCAGAGGUGAAGAAGUGACUGAGGCUGUAGGAGGGAGAAAGUGGCCCCUGUCUUCUGAGUCUUUGGCGAGGGAAUCCAGCUUUCAGGAAAAGAGGCUCAAGCUGACCCCAUCAUCUUUUGAGAUGGAUCAAGAAGAUUCUGGGAGCACAGAGUCAUCAUGUGGCAGAUCCCAAGGGGUCACUGAGCAGAAGGCUGACAGCGCCUACACAAGGAAUAAUGAGCCCAAGGGGAGUCAAAAUACCAGGAAACCCAAAACAUCAUUCUCUGCAGCAGAGCAGCACUUCUCCGUGUCUGGUAGUAGGGUCCAGACUGGGGAACAGGGUGUAAAGUCCAAAAGUGACAAAGACAUACAGAUCAUCAUCUCUGAUGAAGAGCAGUGUGAGGCAGAUGAAGACAGCCAAGGAGACAGAACCAGCCAGGAUAAUGUGUCAGAGCCAUCUGCUGAGGAGUUGCAGAUGCACCAUUGCCAGAAGAUGGCAUUGCAGCAGCCAACAGCCUCCCAAAAAACUGCCUUUGCCCCCGCAGCAAAGACACACCUAGCCCGUGCCUACAUUCUGCAGGCUCCUGUCAGCGACUCGGAGGACCCGAGCAGGAACAUCCUGAGGCUGGCUCCUUCCACUGCUGCAGGGCCCAUGGCUGAAGCUUCCAGAGCAAGGAGCCUCCUGGGAUCAGCAGCACCAAAGGUAUGUUUGAAACCCCUUCCUGUCCCCAGCACUGAAGCCAAGGCCCAGCUUGAAUCGCAGCCCUCGGUGACAUUCUUUGAGCUCCAAGCCACUGCUGCCGUUCAGCAACAUCUCCAGCUGAGCCCUCCAGAGUGUGGCACACCAGGAACGGGCUCCAGUGGGGAUGGUGCUGAGAACCUGGAUGAGGACAGUGAGGCAUCGGGAUCCAGGCAGACACCUUGUUUUUCAGCCUUCCAGAGUCCAGAGAGCCAUCCACCUGCAGCCUCAAAUGGAGACGUGCUGAAGAAGCAGGAGAAAAAGGGAAGCGAUACCACUGGAGACAUCAAAGUGUUGGAAGAGUGGCUGAAGUUGCACCACCCCUCCGAGACGCGCAAGAUCCACACGCUGCCUCCUGCAGACCUCGACCACUACCUGGUUUCGUUCUUCAGCUCUGCCAAGAAACAGAAUGGCAUGGAUUUCUCUGCCAGUUCCUUAAACGUCUUCCGGGGCAACAUCAACCGGUACCUCCAGGACCACAACUACCAGUACAGCAUGUUGAGAGGGCCAGAGUUCAAGGCCUCUCAGGAAGCCUUUAAAUUAAAGCAUUGGUACCUGUUUCAAAAGAAGAAGGAAGGGUGGAAUGUUGUGGAGAACCUGACAGGGGAAGAUGUGGAAAACCUUCUUCAGAAGGGAAUUUUAAGCAAGACAGACCCUCAGGGCUUGCUGCAUCUCAUGUUCAUAAACAUCGUUAGGGGGUUUGGGGCAAACACCCACUACCAGGCCCACCCGCUGUACUGGGGACAGGUGGUGCUGAGGAAGACCAGAGAGGUGGAGUACUUGGAGUGGAGGGAUGAUCUGAGCCCUGGGGAAAACGAAGAGGAGCUAAACCCACGGCUCCUCGCCAAGCCUGAGGAUCCACAGAGCUGCCCAGUCUCCAGUUACAAGGAGUAUGCCAGGAGGAGGCCGGCAGACAUGCUGGAUGACAACCACCCCCUUUACCUGUCCCCCAAGUCACUGUGCUCCAUCUGGGACAAUGUGUGGUACAGCAGGAAGGCGCUGUCAAAAGCCAAAAUUGAUAAGAUCUUGAAAGUUAUUAUCCGGGAAGUCGGAGGAGCAGUAAGGAAGACCAAGAGAUAGGGGUGUCCCUUCAGCUUUGCCCCUUCAGCCACUCCGAGGCUGCUCUGAAACACAAUCCUACUGCAAGAUUUGGUGUAGGUUGAGAACAGACAUCCUUCUGCUGGGCUUCACCUUGGCACUGAAGGUACCUACAGAUCUGCAGCGCCUUGGCUUUCAGGGAAGUUCCUUUGUUGCUGUUUCUGUUACUGGAAUUGAUAAUUCAACGAGUUUAUGAGAGUCUUCAGUUUCACAUUUGCCAAACAAGUUAAUGUUCUACCACACGGUCAAUGCUGUUAGAAACCACCACUGCUGACACAGAGAGGGCUUGAGGGUGGCAGAGCCUGGCCAGGAGCAUCAGCUGCACCCACAUUUUGAGGCUGACAGCCCACACAGCUCAGCCUGUGGGGAAGGAUGAGCGACAGGAGAGUGACGACACUGUCAAUCCCAGCCCCUGACAAGGGUCAGGUCAUUUCCCUUAGGGAAAGAUUCAUAGGUUGAAGAAGUUGUGGCUGUUUUAAGAAGUUAUUUAAAGUGUCUGACAAUGUUGUAAGGUUUUAUGGUAAGUGGUUUCCCUGGAGUGCAAAACACAACUCCACAAAGGCCCUGGGAGGUGUGCUCAGCUCUUCCUAGCUGCCGCAGCGCUGUCACAGCUCAGUCAGGUUUUUGGUUGCAUUGUUGGCAGAGCCAAAUAAAAGAA